AUGCGAUUCUUCGACCAAAUCAUCGCUUUCGCGGUGUUGCAGCUGGCAAUUGCAUACCCUGAGAAGAGACAAGUCCCUGCAGAGCCUAAUGGAGUGAUAACCAUAUCGUCACCAGAUGGUGCUACCAUUCGAUAUAAGCAGCCUGGCAAAGAUGGCGUGUGUGAAACAACGCCUGGCGUUAAUUCGUACUCCGGCUACAUCUCUCUGAACGAGACAACGAAUAUGUUCUUCUGGUUCUUCGAAGCUCGGGAGAAUGCUGCCACUGCACCACUCACACUCUGGCUCAAUGGUGGCCCGGGGUCAGACUCUCUCAUCGGUCUCUUCCAGGAGCUAGGGCCUUGCAACGUAACUGCAAAUUUAACCUCAGAGCUAAACCCGUUCUCGUGGUCAAAUGUCUCGAAUAUGCUCUUUUUGAGUCAGCCUAUCGGGGUCGGCUUUUCAUACGCUACAGAGGAACUGGUUGAUUUCAACUCAACUACGGGCAGAUACACCAAUGCGACCGACGAUCCAGCCGAUGCAAAUGGCAGGAUCAGCUCUACGGAUCCUUACAGAUAUGACACGACCUAUCUGUCAGCUAUUGGGACUUGGGGUAUUCUCCAGGGCUUCUUGGCCAACCUUGAUACCCUCGACAAUACCGUACAGAACAAAACGUUCAACCUAUGGACUGAGUCUUAUGGUGGCCACUACGGACCUGCAUUCUACGAGUACUUCUCCGAGCAGAACAACAUGAUCGAGAAUGGUACGGCCAACGGCACAUGUCUCUACAUGGAUACCCUUGGUAUUGGCAACGGCAUCAUCGAUGAGCUGAUCCAAGCACCAUACUAUCCCGAGUUCACCCAAUACAACACCUAUGGCAUCCAGCUCGUCAACGAGUCCAUAUACAACUUCAUGAAAGUCGCCUACUACAUCGAAGGUGGCUGCCGAGACCAGGUCCUGGAGUGCGCAGCAGUCGAUCUAUCCACUGCUGCUGGUAAGGCUGUCUGUGCUGCGGCGACGAAUUUUUGUCGUGGAUUCGUGGAGGAGCCUUACUACGAAUAUGGUAGCCGUGGUGUCUAUGAUAUCCGCCAUCCAUACGACGAUCCUACACCACCCACAUACUUCAUCGACUACCUCAACACUGCAGCUGUCCAAAACGCCCUCGGUGUCAACCUAAACUACACUGCCGACUCCUCUAGCCAGGUCGGAAGAGGUUUCAGCUCGACAGGUGACUUCGUCUAUCGUAGUCUGAUCCAGGACCUCGAGAACCUCCUCAACGCCGGCGUUCGUGUUGCACUUUAUUACGGCGAUGCAGAUUAUAUAUGUAAUUGGCUUGGAGGCGAAGCUCUCUCGCUUCAGAUCAACUACACCCAUGCUACGGAGUUCCGCGCUGCCGACUAUGCUCCAUACAUCGUAGACGGGCAAGAAUAUGGCGAAGUCAGGCAGUACGGCAACUUCUCCUUCCUACGCAUGUACGAGAGCGGGCACGAGGUGCCCUUCUAUCAACCCGCGGCCAGCCUGGAGUUCUUCCGCAGAGUCCUUGGCAACUUGGUGGUGGCUGAUGGGAGUGAGGCACUCACGGCGAACUAUAGCAGUCCAGGCAUCGCGUCUGCGACUCAUACUGAGCCUUUCGUACCGCUACCUUCGAGCACGAGUGGAGGCAGCAGCACAGCCACUGCUGCUGGACGAUAG